UGCAAGUGUGUAUCGAGCCCUGUACCUCUCCUUCCCUUAGGUGCGCCCCUGGAUUCGCUGUGUUGAUAAGUAGUGGUGGUAGUAGUGAGGCCGCUAGUUGCGUUGGGAGACAAUUUAGAGUCAAUUUUAGGUUCUACCACCACCACCACCACCCACGGGACCACGGGGUAACGUUUGCUCGACCGCCGACUCGAGAGCGCGUUGCAUUGCGGCCAUUCGUCGACGAGACUCGAAGGUGUUCAGUUGAAGUACUUCAGGAGCCAUCCGUUCCGUGUCGGGCAGUAUUAAAGCUUGGCCUUAAGUAACUUAUAGUCGAACUGUGCUAGAAACCGUGCUGUGCCGGGCAGUGCAAAUCAAUAUGAAGGUGCUAAUUGCUCUAUCGACCGUGCUGUGCGUCGUGCUGGCGAAGGACCAGCCACGGAAGGCGAUCGUUUACCUGCAGGGUACGUCCGGCGUGAGCGGUAACGUGACCAUCUCCCAACCGUCAUGCACCGAGCCGGUGUUCAUCGAUAUCAACGUCGUGGGGCUGACCCCGGGCAAACACGGGUUCCACAUUCACGAGAAGGGUGACCUGACGGACGGUUGUGCCAGCACCGGCGGUCACUACAAUCCCGACAAGGUCAGCCACGGGGCCCCGAACGAUCAGGUGCGUCACGUCGGCGAUCUCGGUAACAUUGCCGCGGACGAGAACGGCAUCGCGAAAACGUCCUACUCGGACACGGUCGUGUCGCUGUACGGAGCGCGCAGCGUGAUCGGCCGGGCGAUCGUCAUCCACGCGGAGGUGGACGAUCUCGGCAAGACGAACCAUCCGGACUCGCUGAAGACUGGAAAUGCCGGUGGACGCGUUGCCUGCGGCGUGAUUGGAAUUCUCGAGCCCUUCGAUGAGCCGGACAGUGAGUGUAGCAGUGGUCAGCAGGGUCUCUUGCCAGCCGCAGUCACCGUCGUGUUUUCACUUUUACUGACCCGCUCGUGGGUACUGUAGAGCAGAGUAAAGCUCCACUACGCAUUAACGUUUUUUUAUACUGACGCGGGUAAGAAGCAAAAGGUAUAAUUAAGUAGUGUUUUUUUUUGCAAAGAUAAUCUACCAUAGUGCGUAGCACAACGCAGCUACCAAGCGAUCCAAGCGUACGGGUUCAUCGAACUGCUACCACGACAUCCGUGCUAGAAGCUGAAGGAGUUUGACAAAGAAAAAUGCUUUUUUUGCCUUUCGAUUUGUUUGCUAUGUGUUACGUUGUGCUACAUGAUAUGUAAGAGAACUAACAAUAGAAACCCUAGCCUGUACAUAGCAACCUCUUGACCACAAGGGGGCAGGAUUCUAGGAAAAGCUCACUGGUGAAAAGGAACCUCGCGCUUCCUUUUCUAGAAGAACACCCCGUAAGCACUUGUUUGCGUGAAAGCUCGUUUUUUUUUUGCGCCCGCCUAGCGAACCCAUUGACAACUUCCCAACCAGACCACUUCCGUUCGCAGCACACCUUCGCUAUGAGUCUGUUAUUUUUGUUUCGUUCGUUGUUUAAAUAUGUUUUUUGUGUAAAUAAAGUUGUCCCGCCGUUCCGGCAGGGGCAAAAGCUAAA